AUGAGGUGUGAUGUGUUGAUGGAUGAGGUGCAUGUGACACAGGUUAAGACUGGGGUCGUUGGAAAUGGUUUGGCUAGGAGAGUGGAGGUGGUUUGGGGUGUGAUGGUGGCUAACAUAAGGUGGUAUGUGGUGUCAGAGUUGAGGGAGGAGGCUGAGAGGAUUUGGGUGGCUCAAAUGGGUUUGGUUGCAUGGCUUGAUGGAUGGUGGCGCAUGACAGUUAGGGUGGAGGUUGAUGUUGUUGCUAUUGUUUGA